AUGAAGAUCGGUAAUGAUGAAUAUCCAAACUGUCAUAAAUUUUGUCAAUAUGAUCAUCGAGAUCAACUAACUCGAUGUUAUUUUAGUCUGACGAACGAUGGUGUCUAUGAUUUAAUAAUCUAUGGUAAAACAAAGGAAGAAAGUACAUAUGAAGGUGCAAUUCAUAUGCGUCUGAAAGUUCACGAUCUUCUUCAAACUCCACUAUUUCCAACAUUUUAUCGACCAUUCAAUGAACAUCACUGUACGUUAAUCGAACCGUUUCGACGGGUUGUGCAUCUAGGUGAACGCAUUACAAUACGGAUGCAUAUACCCGAUGCGACAACGGUUAAAGUUCAAAAUGGUAAUCAAAGCAUGUCGACGUAUGGUUUCGAAAAUCAGACGUUGACGAAAGAUGUUGUUGUUGAAGGUGAUGUGACGGUUUGUGCUAUUUUUGAUAGAACAGAGAUCUUUCAAGUCAUUUGUAAGUUUGAUAUGGCAUGA